AUGAAUUCCCUUGAUUUGCAAGUUAAUGGAAUGACAUGUAUGUCAUGUGCCACCACAAUAAAGAAUUUACUAUUACACUACAAAUUUGUGAAAGAUGUUGAAAUAAAUAUCAUAUUAAAUAGUGUACGUGUAAUUUUGAACAAUAAAAUCACACUUGAUGAAAGAAAAAAGAUUUGUGAUACAAUUAAUAAUGCAGGAUUUAUUUGCUUAUUAAAAUCAAGUACAAUCAUGAAUAAUGUAUUAUCUUUAAGCAUUGAUGAUGUUAAGUUAGAAGAGAGAAGUUUAGAAAGUGAAAUAGUUUAUGGAAGUUCAAAAGAUAUAGCUGAACAAAUUUUAAAUAGUAAGGGUAUAAAGUUUUUAAAGCUGCACCAAAUACCCAUUGAAGAUAUGAAGAUAAUUGUCAAAGCGUUGGAAAACAAAACAGGAAUAAUUACUAUCAUAAGUUAUUUAAAAUGGGGUCAGUUAUGUAUUUUAUUUGAUGAAAAUCAGAUUACCAUCAUGCAAAUCCAACAAAUUCUAGAAAAAUCGGAUAUUUGGAUGUUAAGUUAUAUGAAGUUUUACUGUUUGUUUGGCAAGGAAAAGCUUUCAUGUGUAAACAAGCUUAGAAUCAAGUGCAUUUUCCGUUUGAAUUCCGACAGAGAAGGUAUAGGCUUAAUUCAAAAGAUAUAUAAUUGUUUGAGAAGAAGAAAUGCAAAUAUUGAGUUUAUUAAAGACUUUACAACAAGUAUCGGCUGUAUUGUGAGUGGAAUUUUCGGGAUAUAUAAUGUCUCCAUAGAAAGAAUGAAUGAAAGUAAUUUAGAGAGAAAUCUUGUUCUGAUGAUUAAUAUCGAAUAUAAUCCUUACUUUAUUUCAGGACGGAAUCUACUACAAUAUAUGAAUGAAGUGUUAAAAAACUAUGUUAAUGAACCUAUUCUAGAAGAACAAGUUGUUGAAAAUAAAUUAAAGCAGUAUUCUCACAGAUUGGUUAAUUCUAUGCAAAUUAUUACAAAAAGUAAUUUGGAUGAAAGUGUUAAUUACUCAAGCCUGCAAAAAAUUAAAGAUAAAGAAUCUCGAUACUUUGUCAUUUGUUUCACAUUUUCAUUAAUUUUAACAAUCCUAGUAUUAAUGUAUAAUUUCUUUGGUGACAAAGCCUUUAUGUCCAAGUUUACAAGAAUAAUCUCUUUUAAUUUGAUCAAGUCUUUACAAGAGCAGACAGUAUUAUUAGGGAUCAGCUGGAAAUAUAUGGUAACUUUAAUUUUAGUUACUCUAGUAGUAUAUUUAUGUGGUUAUACAUUUCAUAAAAAAGGAAUCAAGAGUAUGUUGCAUUUGAAUCCAAAUAUGUACAGCUUAAUCUCACUUGGUACAAAUACAUGUUAUUUGUAUUCACUUUAUAUAAUGGUCUAUAUCUCAAUUAUAUCAUCAAAAGAAACUGGAAAUAUAAAAAUAUAUUCAGAUAAGCUACCCAACUUUUUUGAUAUUGCUUGUAUGCUUAUUACAAUUAGUUUAUUUGGAAGGAUUUUAGAUGUACAUUCAAAUCUGUUGAUAUUAAGAAUCAUUAAUAAUAAUACUAAUGGAAAUGAGGUUACUGGUGAAAAUGGAGAUUCUAUGAGAUAUAAUAUAAAAGACAGUUUUCAAAUAGUUAGUGAAACAAAAUUUGAAUCUCUCGAAAAGACUUAUUAUCAUUUCUCAAAUUCCGAAAAUUGUCAGGUAUUACCACUAACAUUUUCAAAAGAGAAUAAUAAAAUUAGGGGACUUUAUUCAAAAUAUCAAAAUACAGAAAGAGGACAAAAAAUGAAUACUACAAGUAUUGACUCUAUUUGUUUGGAUGAUAUUUCACCUCAAUCUAUGGAAAUGAAGGAGGAGAGCUCAAUCAUUAACAAAAAAGUCAAUGUUGAUUUAAUAGAUUUAGGAGAUAUUAUUAUAAUGAAAAAAGACGAAAUUGUUCCAUAUGAUGGAAUUGUUGUUUCUGAUGAUAUUGCAGUCUUAGAUGAAUCAAUGAUUACUGGUGAAAGUAGAAUCAUAGAAAAGUUGUAUGGAAAUUAUAUAUCAAGUGGGAGCAGGGUAUUGUCAGACAAUGUAUAUAUAUUUGUAACUGAAGUUGGUACUGAAAGUACUUUAGGAAAGAUUCAAAAGCUAAAGAUUAAAGCCAGAGAGAGUCAAAUAAAACUACCUGGGAUUGUUGAUAAAUUCUCAAGAUACUUUGUACCUUCGAUAAUAUUAUUAUCUAUAAUUGCUUUCAUAAUUUGGUUUAUGCUGGCUUAUUUUAACAAAGUAAAUCCAGAAAGAAUGUUCAAUACUGACAGAAUUAAUUUUUAUACAGAAUUUGAUAAUAUUUUCAAGGAUUUCCCAAUCUCAUCUAAAGUUAUGUUUGCAUUGCAUUUCUCACUCUCUAUAUUGGCAAUAUCAUGCCCAUGUGUAAUAGGCAUUACUGUACCUAUUGCUGUUCUUAUUUCAACUUCACUAACUUCAAAGAAGAAUAUAUUGGUUCAAAAUACUAAUAUUUUUAAUAAUAUAGGAUUUGUAGACAAUAUAGUGUUUGACAAGACUGGAACUUUAACAAAUGGAAGGCCAAGUGUUAAAUCUAUUAUUAUGGAUGAAGAAAAUAUUAGGGAAUUAUUGGAUUCUACCUUUAAUAAUGGAACUAAUUAUGAUUAUAAUGGAUGUAACUCAAAAUGGACAAAACCAACAGAUUUAGAUUUUUCUAUAUCUUCUAUAGAGACAUUUUAUAUUAAUAAGAAUCCCAAUAAACCAAAAAAUAAUAUUUUAACAGAAGAAUUAAUAGAGUCCUAUUUGAAAUUUUGGUGGAUUAUUGGUUCUUGUGAAUAUUAUAACAAUCAUCCUGCUGGAAAUGUAUUAAAAUCUUUUUCAAUUCGAUUAUUUAAUAAUAAAGAACAAUACAAAUUUAUUCAACCUAGUGAUUGUAGAUAUAUUCCAGGAGUAGGUAUGACAUGUAUUAUUAAUAAUAUGAAGGUUUUAAUUACAAACCAAUAUAAACAUCUUGACGAAGACUUUAGUUUAGUUUCAGUAAAUUCUAAGGAAUACAACCAUUAUUUAAAAAGUCCAUCCAACACAUUGGAAAUUUCUUUGGAUAAUCCUGAAAAUAAUAUUGUAGAACAUUCAUCAUUGUAUCUACAGAAUUGGCUUAAAUAUUGGUCAAAAAAAGGAUCAAUAAUUAUUUACAUAUUUAUAGGUGAUUUAAAUAAUUUCAAAGAAAAUGAGCAGGGAAUAAUUAAUGUCAGACAGAUGAAGUUAAUUGGUGCAGUUUCUAUGAUUGAUGAACCAAUGUUUGGAGUAGAAUCUACUAUUAAUUAUAUAAAGAAAAAUAUAACAGAGCAAAUAUGGCUAUGUUCAGGAGAUUCCUUUUAUACAUCUAAUUCAAUUGCAUCAAUAGUUGGAAUUGAUUCUGAUAAGAUUAUGAGUAAUUCAACUCCCAACGACAAGCUUCAUCUUAUUCUAGAUCUUCAGUCAAAUAAAGAUCUAAAUAAAAGCUCUAAUAUUGAUUUUAACUUUGAUUUAAAUAAUGAUAAAGUUGACAAAGAAUUUUUCAAAUCCUUUGAUUUAGAGUAUCCAAAAAAGAAAGAAGAGAAUAGGAAGAGAAUUCAAAAUAAAUCAAAGAAAAAUUUAAAAAGAGUAAUGAUGAUUGGGGACGGGAUAAAUGACUCAGCUUCUAUAGAAGCUGCAGAUAUUGGAAUACUUCUGGGAAAAGGCGGGAUAAAUAAUUUUACACAUGCAGAUGUAAUUAUAUUGUCAAAUUAUCAGAAUAAUAUUAAAUUUUUAUUUAAGCUUGGAAAGUAA